CUCCCGACUCCGUAGUAAUCAUGGCGGCGGCGGCGUUCGCGGUCCCUCGGGUGAAACAGAAAGCGGGAGCUACGCGGAGAGGGAGCGAGGAGCGGGGCUGAGGCGGCGCCGUCACUGCCGGGAAACAACCCUAUCAGCGGCCGCGGCGGACCCGGGAACUGGCUCCGCCGCGGAGGGGGCAGAAGGCGACCGGGAACCGCGAAGAGACGCCAGGGACACCCGCCUUCCUCCGCCUCAGAGCGGCGGGACUCGGAGAGUUGGAGGGUUAUCUGGUAUAUUAAUGCCUUAUUGAUAAUGGCAGAACACCCACCACUGCUGGAUACAACUCAGAUUUUAAGUAGCGACAUUUCUCUUCUGUCUGCUCCUAUUGUAAGUGCAGAUGGAACACAACAGGUUAUUCUGGUGCAAGUUAAUCCAGGUGAAGCAUUUACAAUAAGAAGAGAAGAUGGACAGUUUCAGUGCAUUACAGGUCCUGCUCAGGUUCCAAUGAUGUCCCCAAAUGGUUCUGUGCCUCCUAUUUAUGUGCCUCCUGGAUAUGCCCCACAGGUUAUUGAAGACAAUGGUGUUCGGAGAGUUGUUGUGGUUCCUCAGUCACCAGAGUUUCAUCCUGGUGGUCACACAGUCAUCCACCGUUCUCCACAUCCUCCUCUCCCUGGUUUCAUUCCUGUCCCAACUAUGAUGCCCCCUCCACCACGCCAUAUGUACUCACCAGUGACUGGCGCUGGAGACAUGGCAACACAAUAUAUGCCACAGUAUCAGUCUUCACAAGUAUAUGCAGAUGUAGAUGCCCACUCUACACAUGGAAGAUCUAACUUUAGAGAUGAAAGAUCUAGUAAAACAUAUGAACGUUUACAAAAAAAAUUAAAGGAUCGCCAAGGAACACAGAAAGAUAAAAUGAGCAGUCCACCGCCAUCACCCCGGAAAUGCCCUUCUCCCAUAAGUGAACACAAUGGACUGAUGAAAGGGCCGAAUGCCGGAGGUCUAAACACAGGAUCAGCAAGAAACAAGGCAGGAAGAGGAAAAAGUUAUACACAGGUUGACUCAGAAAUAGAAGAAAAAGAUGAAGAGACUAAAGCAUUUGAAGCAUUUCUUUCCAACAUUGUCAAACCAGUGGCCUCAGACAUCCAGGCAAGGACAGUCAUGCUUACCUGGUCACCGCCUUCCAGUUUCAUUAAUGGCGAAACAAAUGAGACUCCUAUGCCAGAGCUCUGCAGUUACGAAAUCCUGGUCUCAAGUACUGGAAAGGAAGGGAGAUACAAAAGUGUUUAUGUAGGAGAAGAAACGAGUGUCACUUUAAAUGAUCUCAAACCAGCCACAGACUACCAUGCAAAAGUGCAGGCAGAGUCCAGUUCUAUAAAGGGAAUUCCUUCAGAAGCCGAGACCUUCACUACCUUGAGCUGUGAGCCUGAUGUACCUAAUUCACCACGGAUAGCCAACCGGACCAAAAACUCACUCACCUUGCAGUGGAAGGCACCUAGUGACAAUGGCUCUAAAAUCCAAAGCUUUAUUUUAGAAUGGGAUGAGGGCAAAGGAAAUGGAGAAUUUUGUCAGUGCUACAUGGGCUCACAGAAGCAAUUUAAAAUUACCAAACUAUCACCAGCAAUGGGUUGUAAAUUUAGAUUAUCAGCCAAAAAUGACUAUGGUACAAGUGAUUUUAGUGAAGAAGUCUUAUAUUACACCUCAGGCUGUGCUCCUUCUAUGCCAGCCAGUCCUGUAUUAGCUAAGGCUGGAGUUACAUGGUUGUCCUUACAAUGGAGUAAACCCUCAGGAACACCAUCAGAUGAAGGAAUUUCUUACAUUUUAGAGAUGGAGGAAGAAACAUCAGGAUAUGGUUUUAAGCCUAAAUAUGAUGGAGAAGAUCUUGCUUACACAGUGAAAAAUCUGAGACGCAGUACAAAGUAUAAAUUUAAGGUUAUUGCUUAUAACUCAGAAGGAAAAAGUAAUCCAAGUGAAGUAGUAGAGUUCACUACCUGCCCUGAUAAGCCAGGAGUACCUGUGAAGCCUUCAGUUAAAGGAAAGAUACACUCACACAGUUUUAAAAUUACUUGGGAUGCACCAAAAGAUAAUGGAGGGGCACCUAUCAAUAAGUAUGUAGUGGAGAUGGCAGAAGGUUCUAAUGGAAACAAGUGGGAUAUGAUAUACAGUGGCGCUACCAGGGAACAUCUGUGUGAUCGACUGAAUCCAGGCUGCUUCUAUCGUUUACGAGUUUACUGCAUUAGUGAUGGAGGACAGAGUGCGGUCUCUGAAUCUUUACUUGUGCAGACUCCAGCUGUGCCUCCUGGCCCCUGCCAACCUCCCAGAUUACAGGGUAGACCCAAAGCAAAAGAAGUCCAGUUACGAUGGGGACCUCCUCUGAUUGAUGGUGGAUCACCCAUUUCUUGUUAUGUGGUAGAAAUGUCUCCCAUAGAAAAGGAUGAGCCCAGAGAUGUUUACCAAGGCCCUGAAGUGGAGUGUACAGUGGGCAGCCUUCUUCCUGGAAAGACAUACAGCUUCAGACUACGUGCAGCGAACAGAAUGGGGCUUGGACCAUUUUCAGAAAAAUAUGAUAUUACUACAGCUCCUGGGCCACCAGACCAGUGCAAACCCCCUCAAGUGACCUGCAGAUCUGCGACUUGUGCACAAGUGAAUUGGGAGAUUCCCUUGAGUAAUGGAACUGAUGUCACUGAGUACCGACUGGAAUGGGGAGGAGUUGAAGGAAGUAUGCAGACAUGUUACUGUGGGCCCAGCCUCAGCUGUGAAUUGAAAGGCCUUUCUCCAGCCACUACCUAUUACUGCAGAGUACAGGCUCUGAGUGCUGUAGGUGCAGGUCCUUUCAGUGACGUAAUAGCCUGUAUGACUCCUCCAUCAGUUCCUGCCAUUGUGACAUGUCUUCAAGAAAUAACUGAUGAUGAUAUAGAAAAUCCCCACUAUUCACCUUCCACCUGCCUUGCAAUUAGCUGGGAAGAGCCUGAUGACCACGGUUCAGAAAUCCUUGCCUACAGCAUAGACCUUGGAGAUAAACAGCCUUUGACAGUGGGAAAGAUUACAAGCUAUAUAAUUGACAAUUUGCAACCAGAUACAACAUACAGAAUAAGAAUUCAGGCCUUGAACAGCCUUGGAGCUGGUCCUUUCAGCCAUAUGAUAAAGUUGAAAACUAAGCCCCUCCCUCCUGAUCCACCUCGUCUGGAAUGUGUUGCCUUUAACCACCAGAACCUUAAGUUGAAAUGGGGAGAAGGAACCUCAAAGACGUUAUCAACAGAUGCUGUACAGUACCACCUUCAGAUGGAGGAUAAGAAUGGAAGGUUUGUUUCCUUGUACAGAGGACCAUGUCAUACAUACAAAGUACAAAGACUUAGUGAGUCCACAUCCUACAAAUUCUGUAUUCAAGCUUGCAAUGAAGCUGGGGAAGGUCCUCUCUCCCAAGAAUAUAUUUUCACUACUUCAAAAUCUGUCCCGGCUGCCUUGAAAGCCCCCAAAAUAGAGAAAGUGAAUGAUCACAUUUGUGAAAUUACGUGGGAAUAUUUACAACCAAUGAAAGGUGAUCCAGUUAUUUAUAACCUUCAAGUUAUGGUAGGAAAAGAUUCAGAAUUCAAACAGAUUUACAAGGGUCCUGAAGCAUCCUUCCGGUAUUCCAGCCUUCAGCUGAACUGUGAGUAUCGGUUUCGUGUGUGUGCCGUUCGCCAGUGCCAAGACCCUGUGGGGCACCAGGACCUAGUAGGUCCCUACAGCACCACAGUGCUCUUCAUCUCCCAAAGGACAGAACCUCCAACCAGCACCAACAGAGACACUGGGGACAGCGUGCGAACCCAGCGCACUCUAAGCGAUGAGCAGUGUGCUGCUGUCAUCCUGGUGUUAUUUGCUUUCUUUUCCAUUCUGAUUGCCUUUGUCAUUCAGUACUUUGUAAUCAAGUGAAAAUAUAACUUUUAUUUUUAACACUGUAUUACAUUUUAUUUUAUCAUGUACUAAAAUUAUUUCUGUAUUGCUUUUACAAAAAUGGUGACAUUCAGCACUGGCAUUGAGACUAUAGCACAUCAUUUUGGUAUUUCAGUGCUUGGAUUGUUAGGUGGCACUGCAUGAGAAUGCAAGCCACAAAUACCAAUUCUUUUGGGGUUUUCUUUUUUUCUUUUUUUUUCUUUUUUUUUGUCGUUGGAACUUUUUCCUAAUUUUUCUUUUUUUCUUUUCCUUUUUCUUUUCUUUUUCUGGAUCUGCCUUCUUGUAGAACAGACUUCCUAAGAGGCAACAUUUAUGAUUUUUUUGACCAGUCAGCAUGAGUGUAACAGUGAUAACCACAUCUGUUUGUUUGAAAGAUGCUUACCAAGUGAAAAUUUCAGAAUGACUAGAAUUUACACUAACAUGCUAUACAAGAAUGUUGCAGUCUGAGGCUGUGAAAGCAAUCUCGUGCUGUAUUUCUACCUCCUCAUGUGUCUUAACUGUUUGGUAAGGGGAUUAUGAUGAGUAACUGGAGGGGCUUAGCAAGCAAAAACUGGAUGAAAGAGUAGCAGUGACAGAGAAGCUUCUUCUUUGAUAAAUGUGGAGUUCUUCAUUCCAAAGAUAUGUGGAUUCAAAAAUAAGUCAAAGAAAGCACAGGCCUAAAAGUGUCUAUGUUUACUUGAAAAGUAUCUCUUCAGUCUUGAGAAUAUGGAAAAGAACAGAAGCUUUUAGAUCAUAACUUUUAAAAACUAACUCUGAAUUUGUAACCCCCUUGAACUUCUGUUUUCUGAGCCUUUGAAUUAUAUGUAUGUGUGUUAAGGGCGUACAUGUACAGAGGAGGCUGUGUGCAGACUAAGUAGGAAAUACAUAUACGCACUCAUUCCAUCUCUGAUAUAGGCUAACUUUGAAGGACUCUCACAGGUUUUGCAGCUUCUCCCAUAACUACUGCCAUUGCCAUCAGAAUUUACAAUCAAUCUCAGCCUUUUCAUUUGGGGUACCAAAUCUGAAGACAAAAUUAAUUUGCACCAGUAAACUUCAAGCUGCUUUCGUUCUUGAAAAACUAAUGUUUAAUGUAUAAUGUCUGUUUGGAUACUGUUCCAAAUUGUUGAUUGCAUGUGGUUAAUGUUGCAUUAGAGCACUUUGCAAUUGCAUAAUUCAUUAAUGUUUUGUGAGCUUGCAUUUGUGAGUUUUGGGAUGCUCAGAUUGAAUUUUGUCAAGUAUCACAUUGUACAUCUCACCUAGAUGUCGAUGACUGCCAGUAAUAUUACAGUCUGUAAUGAAUUUAUAUGAGAUUUUUGUUUAUCACAUCUGUUACCUGUAAGACACCUGUAACUAGCUUCUUUAAUUUAUUAUUCGAAUUUUAGAAUAGUGAGUCACUAAUUUUUAGUUGCAGAGGGUUGCAUUUUAGUGAUUACUAAGCACUUCUGUCUGUCAAAAAGGAACAUAUGUUUUGUGCUUUGAAGAUCUCUGAAGAAUUUCCCUUAUAAUAGAAUGGGCAUGUAUCGUAAUUGUUUUAUGUCAAAUGAUCUGUGCUGUAGAAAAAAAACAUUAACCUUUGUUCAAAAAAGAAGCGGAUAAACUUGGCCUUUCCAAGCGGUAAGAAAACCCUGUCACUAUAAUAUACUGUAUGUUUACAUUUUAUUUAAUCUCUUAUGAAUAGGGUGAAAACUUGCCCCCAAACAACAGCAAUUACAAUUGUUUUCUAGAAACUUCUUAAAAGUGCCACAUUUGGCAGUACAAAUGAGUUUGAGUGUAAGAGCCCAGAGAUUUCUAUAUAGUUGAAUGUCUAAAAUGGUAAACCGUGCCACACAGUGGCUUAUGUUUUUCAUAGUAAUUCAGAUGAACUCCUAUUUUUGAUAGUAAAUGUCAUUUAAUAGUGUACUUGCCAUUUGAGCCUCACUGCAAAAUUAGUGCAGAGGAGAAAACAAUUUUUAAUGUAAUCUUGAUUUUACCUCAUAUACUGUACAUUCCAAAAACUCAACUUUUUAAAGAUUAUAGAUACACUACCAAACAUAUCACCUGAAAAUUGUAUAAGGUUGAGCUUCAUACAAGAUAAAAAAUAUAAUCUCAUAAGAAUACAUGAACUAUGUAGCAGAAGUAUCUGUAAAAUCCAUGGAAAAUAAAAGUUGUAUCAUUCUUUUUUGAGA